AGGGGAUGAGCAUGAGGGAGCAGGAAUUUCUCCAGAGGAACCACGGAGUAAGACACUCAUUGUGAGAAUGUCCAGUUCUAUAUACUGACAUCUAUGAAGAAGCUAGUCCCGCCAAAUCAAGCGAGUCGACGAAAAUGUUUCCUACCUCUGGCUCUUCUCGAUCUUCAAUAGUGGUGGGACGCCCCGAUUCCACCGUCUUGGAGCCUGGCAAUGGACAUUCUGCCAUGACCUUGACUCAAUCUGAUGAAUUAUCAACGUUCCGGCCCCCAGAGCAGACCGAAUUCCUCUUGAACCAGGUCCUCGAAAGAAAUCAGGUGCUCGAAAAGACAAGACAGGAGCUCGAAGCAGCGUCUUCGACCUCCCAAUCUCUAGCUUCUCAAGUCAAGAAAUUGCAAAAGGAAUUAGAUGAUGCACAUAGUUUUAUCUUCAACCUACAACCAGCAACACAUGUCAUCACGCCGACUCAAGCUCUCGAAGACUAUAAAACGCUUUGCAUGAAGGUAGAAGACUGGGUGCAAGACAAUCUCGGCGAUGGGUUAGAAAAGGGCAUGCAUGUGGAUGACAUUACCAUAGAAAGCGUGGAACAAUUCGUGUCAUUGGUAUCUCCACAAGGACGAAGCGCUUUCGGUAUACCGAAGACCGCUGAAAAUAUCUUGAUAGAAUCUAUCAUGAACUUUCUGUACAGACGGAUAUUCAGAUUGGACUUCUGGUGUAUGGAACCUGACGCGAUGUUGUUCUUGGAACAUAUUGAGAGGAGUAUGCACAAACUCGAGCCUCGUCGAAGUUUCGCAACCAUACGAACAUGGCGCAGCGAAACACUUCUCGCUCUUGCCAAUCGCCCCGAAUACACUGCCCUGAAGCAACAGACCCUCCGAAAUUUGACACUUGACCUAAGUGCUUCUCUGAGCGUCUUCCUACCCAAUUGCGACGUAGACGAAGUCUGCAAAUCCCUCCAAGAAUCGCUCAUCGAACCAGCCGCUUCUCUAGCCCACAGAUUCCAACUAUCCGUCGACAGAUUCGAGGUCGAGUUCACGGGCUUGAACCCAGUUAGCUGCAGACAUGCCGAUAUGACUCUUUACGAAUACCAGAAUUUGUCAGGCAAAAUUUUGAAAUCGCCUGCUGCCACGAACAAUGUAUAUAUCAUGGACGUUUGCCCUGGUCUUUUCUACACCAAAGUCAAAGCAGACGGUUUCGGAGACCAAGAGGUGCUAAAGAAACCGAAGAUUUUAGUAGCGGCUACGAAACCGGGCGAGAGAGAAUGGCAGCCUCCUACAACGAGACCGGGUCAUCCGUCUACUUUGCUGGCAUGGUUGGACGAGACUUGUGCUGCAAAGAAGCGCAGCAAGCCGUGGUAUACUUAGAAAUAUGGCAAUUGAACGUGGAGAUUGAGAAUACGGUGCUUGCAUGAUGGUAAUAUGAGUUUAGAUAUCGAUACAUUUCGCUGCUCAAUGCGGUAGAUUGUCUGUAUGAAAUUGGCAGUUCACGUCAUGCUGGUCAUUUCCGUAUCUAUCGAUCUUUUUGUGAUCCGCGAAGCAGUUCCAGCAGAAUUGUGCACAACACUUCGUAUCUUGUAUAUUGUCAGUUGUCGUAGGUGUCUAUGGUGAC